CCGCACAGUAGUGCCCGCAAACAAAUUUGAUUCACCCAGCCAGCAGCGUUUGGCCCGAAGAUCAUUCCGAAAAUCACCUCUUCCCUUGUAAUCACUUCCUAGUCCAAUUUUCCACUUUGCACCCAAAAGCGCGAAGGUGUUCAGUUCAACCACCAACCACAACGGCUCGGCAAUGUUCUUGGCAUGGCUGAGCAGUAUGGUAAGUUGGGAAGGUUGUCGGUUGUGAUCCUAAAUCCGCGCCCAUGGAAGUUCGUCGAUCGUGGAAAAUAAUUGUACGAUCGUUGAUUUUCCUAAUGUCGGUAUAAAAUCGUGACUCGCCGGUGGAAAUGUCGUCAGUGUACGAUCGCGUCCCUUUUCGUGAACAUCUACGAACUUUAUCAGAACUUUGGAUUGACAGUGCAGUGUUUGUGAGGGAAAACUUAUUCUCUAAAAUGAAUCGUUUUAACAGUCCUUUCGUGAUCGCGGCGGCGGUUGUCCUGAUUAGUGUUCUGAACCGCGAUCGUUUGGUAACCGGUCUUCCCAGCGCGAAACUAAGUUCUUCGUCAUCGUCGUCGUCCGGCUCUUCGUCGGUGGACGGUUCGCAAGGACCGCUGAAGGAUCUGAAAACCGAUGGCAGCAGCUUUUGGAGUCCCCAGCCGGAGUACUACCAUGAACGCGAUCGUUACGGCAGCAGCCGACCAGGGUCCGACUUUGUGACCUCGUUCGGUGGUAGCAGCGGUGGUAGCUACGAGAACAAGUAUGGCGGAGGAGGUUCAUCGCUGACGUCGUCGCUUUUCGGCAACAAGGAUCGAUACAGCCCCUUCAGCACCGGUACGGGUGGAUCAUACUACACCUCCGGUGGAGUUUUCGAUAGGAAACCAUACGGUCCAUCUCAUCCGGUAGAUUACCCAGCUUACGGACAUGAAUAUGACGCCCACUACGACUACAACCAGCAUCAAGGACAGGGCCAUGGCUACAGCCUGAGUAACCAUUUCGCUGGAAAGGACUACAAAUCCAUCCUACUCCCACUGGCCGGUGCCGCCCUGCUCGGAAUCGCUGCCGCCCUUGUGGCCAACCCCGUCCUGCUGCACCUCGGAGCAUUCGCCGCCGGGAAACGAAAGCGCCGCGACGUUAGCAGCUUAAGCGCACACAAUCUGGUCUACCGAGGGCAUCUCAAGAAGGUCCAUCCUCUGGUGGCACCGAAAGUGUAGAAGAGCUAACGAAGGGAGGCGCAAAUCUACCGAACCGGAACCAACCCACUGCUAUGUACUGUGUAAAUGAAUCUCUCUUGCAUUAAGCGAACCGCAAUUGCAUCAACUGCCAACAACAUAAAAAGGAAUUAUUCGGUUGGGCAGGUGAUCAUCGUCAAAGAAAAUCACGUUGCGUUUAAUGCUUCGUGGUUGUGACAACUGUUGUUGAUACCAUACCUCGUCUAGUGAUAUCAUGAUGGAGCAUUCUUCAUACUCCGAUAUGCGUAAUUUACACCACUUUAUUGUGCUAUUUUAGCUUUAAUUGGUCCCCUUCUUAGAUAAGUUAUGCUUAGUAUGUAGUUAGAUAAGUGCAAGACGAA